AAGGGCCUCAGACACAUGUGGCAACAUUUCUACGAAAUUACUGUAAUAGGCGCAGCGAGCCUAACACAUAGCUUGACAGCGAGAUUUUCUCUUCAGAUCCACACAUUUUUGCACCAAAAGUCGCACGUUUGAUUGGACGCAAUUUGAAUGCAUGAAGUCCUACAAGAGGAUCCAGGUGGUGGGCAAGGGCAGCUUUGGCUGCUGCUGGCUUGUGCAGAGUGACUCUGGAGAACGCUGCAUUCUGAAGCAGAUAGAUGUGUCCAAGAUGCCUGAGAAGCAGCGUUUGGAAGCUGCCAACGAAGUCAAGGUGCUGAGCAGGUUGCGACAUCCUUACAUCAUCAACUACAGAGAGUCCUAUGUUGAUUCAGGUCUUCUUUGCAUCAUCAUGGACUUUGCUGAGAGGGGUGAUUUGUACCGGAUGAUUGGACGGAAACGGCAGGCAAAGUCUCUGUUUGCAGAAGCUUUGGUGCUGAGGUGGUUCACCCAGAUUGCACUGGCCUUGAAGCACAUCCAUGAUCGACACAUCCUUCAUCGGGAUCUGAAAACUCAGAACAUUUUCUUGGCAGGGCCAGGUGAUGGAAUGGUGAAGGUCGGGGACUUUGGCAUUGCUCGGGUCUUGCGGCACACCCAAGACUGCGCCCGGACAGCUAUUGGGACUCCAUACUAUUUGUCGCCGGAAAUCUGCCAGGAGCGGCCUUACAGCUAUAAAUCUGAUGUGUGGUCCUUGGGUUGUGUGCUCUAUGAACUUGCAACCCUUCGUCAUGCUUUCGAUGCAGAGUCAAUGCAAGGCCUUGUUCUGAAGAUUUUGCGUGGUGUUCCGCCGCAAGUACCUGCGAGCUUCUCCGCGGAGCUGCGAAGUCUCAUUGCGGAGAUGCUCACCAAGGACCCCAAUUGCAGGCCCUCUGUGAAUGAGUUGCUGCAUCGGCCUACGGUGAAAGCAAUGAUCAGACAACUACUUUGGGAGAUUGAGAAGGAUCAAAGGGAUCAGAGGCCAACUGAUCAAGGAUAUGGCGCCGGCAGAUGUGUAAGUCCGCCUGCCAAGGCAACGGUUCCACGCAACAGCACACCACCGAAAAGCUCGAGGACAGUUACAGCAGAUGGUCAGGAAGCAAGACGCCUCAAAAGACAGCCGCAAGCUGCGAAGAGCAAGUUUGUAAGACCUCGAUCUGCAUCGCGUGCAAGUCAUGCAGAGAGUGCUUCCGACGGCUCACGCUCGCCCCGGGCCAAGCGAAGCAGCGCCGUUGGCCCACCACACCAUCUCGCUGCAAGCCCCGGGUGUGCGGUUGACUUAUCACGUGAGCCUCCAGGUGGGCGCAGUCCUAACACUCAGCCUCGGACUCCUGAGAAUCAGCCUGAGAGCUGCACUGCUCGCCCAAAAGGGGAUCAACGCAAGGAGCUGAUUCGAACUUUGGAAGAGGGGUUGGGAUGCAAGCUGUCGAUGAUCACGAAGGAAGAAUCGGAGCCCACUGAUGAAGGCUCCCGCCCCUGCUUCUUGCAUCCUGGUGGGGAAGAAAUCAAGCUGCCGGUCACUGAGACCGACUCCUUGCCCUACCGAAUAGAGGCGCUCAGGCUGUAUUUGGAGAAGGAGCUCGGAAUCAUGGAGUUUCUGCUUGCCUACAAGCAUCUUGCAGAAAGUGCAAAAAGUGAUGCUGUGGCUGCGAAGGAGCUCAAAGCCAUCGAUGUUCAUUCCUUCCUCUCCAGCAAGGCUAUCAGCUUUCUGCCUUUGGUGACGCAGCUCAUUGUUUGCGAGGACUCGUUUUACUGAGGAUCAGCAGAGAUUCGCCGCUGGAGCGCAGAUUGGGAGCUCGUCGGGGCGAUCUUCGCAUUUGGCCAAGCCUUGAAGGGAGCUUUCUGGCUGGCUGGGUUUGCCACAUGCCUGCUUCUCAUGCGACAGUCAUGUGGAUCUCCACUGAAGGAGGCGCG